UUGUGAACUAAGCAUCAAGCAUCGGUUUUGGGGUUGACAUCACUGUUUGAACGAACGAACGAACAAGCGAAUCUAACCACUCCAUUUGGUGUUUUAGAAGUUGUGGGACUUGUUGCAGAGUGUGGAUUCAUUUCAAUGGCGAGCGUUGGAGUUGGAGGGGGUUUGGGGGGUGAUAUAUGGAAGUCCCAUGUGUCCAUGGCGAUGGUGCAGCUUUUCAAUGGUGGCUACCAUGUCAUCACCAAAGUGGCCCUUAAUGUUGGUAUCAACCAGUUAGUGUUCUGCGUAUUCCGCGAUCUCAUUGCCCUUUCCAUCCUCGCACCCCUUGCUUAUAUCCGUGAAAAACGGAUUCGACCACCCACUACUAAGAACCUACUGGUGUCAUUCUUCUUUCUUGGAUUAACUGGGAUAUUUGGCAACCAACUUUUGUUUCUUAUUGGUUUAAGCUAUACUAAUCCAACUUAUGCUGCUGCCAUACAACCGUCUAUUCCAGUCUUUACCUUUAUAUUGGCUGUGAUGAUGGGUACAGAAAGAGUGAAUUUAGUCACAUAUGAUGGUCUGGCUAAAGUUGGAGGAACCAUCAUCUGUGUUUCUGGUGCUGUAGUGAUGGUUUUGUAUCGAGGUCCAGCUUUGAUAGGAUAUGCUGAUAUCAAUCUUGCUACACAAAAUGAAAUAAGUGCCAGAGGUCAGCCAGAGCCAUCUGGAUGGCUAAUUGGUAGUUUACAAGACUUCGGGUUAGACCAUUUUCAUCUUGGGGUUCUGUGUUUGAUAGGGAAUUGCAUUUGUAUGGCUGCGUUUCUAGCCAUUCAGGCACCAGUAUUAAAAAAAUAUCAGGCAAACAUAUCGGUCACAGCAUUUUCAUACUUCUUCGGAGCUUCACUGAUGGUUAUAGUGUCAUUAUUCAUGAAUUACGAGGCAAAUGACUGGACUUUGACAUCAUCAGAAAUCCUUGCUGUUAUGUAUGCUGGAACUGUUGCAUCUGCCCUUAACUAUGGACUCAUUACAUGGUGCAACAAAAUCUUGGGGCCAGCCAUGGUUUCCCUUUACAAUCCUCUUCAACCUGCGUUUUCAGCCAUCCUCUCCCAAAUUUUCCUUGGAAGUCCAAUUUACUUGGGAAGCAUCAUAGGAGGUUCUUUUAUCAUUACCGGUCUAUAUUUAGUUACCUGGGCAUCAUUUAAAGAAAAACGAGCAUCUCUUGGAGUUGGAGUAGCUAGCCCUUCUUCCUCUUGGGUCUCUGAACCACUUGUUCACGACAGAAGUUCACUCCAGAAAGGCCACGCUUUUUCUGGGUCCUCCUCCGUUUCCCCCAAAACCUUUUCAGAUUAAGGAGAUGAGUUAUUAAAUGCCAAUCAAUUGUAGAAAUUGGUCUCGUGGUUCAAAAUUCUGUUACUGUUACAAUUUUGUUAGAUGUAUUUCCUGACAAACUGUCAAUGCUGUCAUGUUAUACCUGAAUUUUGAAAUCCAAUGGCUUGUAUCUGAAUUUGGUGAGCAAUUUUGAAAUGGAAUAUAUUCCUUCUCUUCCUGGAACUGUAAUAUUAACCCCAAAGAAAGGUGAAUUUUGUAAAACUUAUUGGCAACACUGUGAUCAGUGCAAAUAUGGAACAGUUUGGCCCA